AGUUUCCAAAUUGAAGUAGGUAGAAAGUAACAAAUACGUGAUCCACACACAAACACAAACACAUUGAUAUAUUGGAUUUUUGGGGGUUAGGCUUAGGGUUAGGGUUUGCUAUUGAAGAAGAAGAAGAAGAAACAAAAGCAAAGGAAAAAUGAUUGAAGUGGUUCUAAACGAUCGGCUGGGGAAGAAGGUAAGGGUGAAGUGCAACGACGAUGACACCAUCGGCGACCUGAAGAAGCUCGUGGCGGCUCAGACCGGUACCAGAGCCGACAAGAUCCGCAUCCAGAAGUGGUACAACAUCUACAAAGACCAUAUCACCCUCAAGGACUACGAAAUCCACGAUGGCAUGGGCCUCGAGCUCUACUACAACUGAUUUCCCUUCCUGUUUUAUGAACUACAUAAAAUGCAUUGGCAAUUGGUGCAUUCUCUAUCUCAACUAGUGCAACGUGAAAGCUCUGCUUCUAAGAGGGACUAUCAAGUUUAAGUUAGCAAUGUUCUGUAGUUAUCCAAUGUUAAUUGGACGGAGUUAUGUCUUUCAAUAUGUCGAUGCAGCUUACUUGUUGAACUAGUAAUUCCCAACUUGGGAUAAAUUGUGAACAAUCAACUGUGUGGUCUGUGUUGUUUUCUGCAAUAUGUGAUGCUGCAAAUUUCAUAAUA